AUGGCUGAUUCAACUCCUUUACUUUCAAAUUCUCCUUCUGCCAAGAAUCACCAAGAUCAAGAAUUUCCAAAGCUAAAUGAUCAUUCUUCUUCACUUGAAGAAACAAUAGAGCCAUUUUUUGGAAGUUGUGGAAUUGCAUGGCCACAAAUAUUGCAAGUCAUACUUGUUUCUAUGGCUUCUUUCUUUGAGGCUCAACAAACAUUCAUCACAAUUUUUACUGAUGCAAUACCUUCAUGGCAUUGCACACAGCUUAACAACACAAGCUGUGAUUCAAAGUCUAAUGUAUGCCAACUUUCUUUGACAGAAUGGGAUUGGGAUAAGCCUGUUUACGCAUCCAUUGUGUCUGAAUGGUCACUUCAUUGUUCUAAUAGUCCUAUACUACAAGGACUUCCUGCUUCAUCUUUUUUCAUGGGGUGCUUGCUUGGUGGCCUGGUUCUUGGUUUGUUAGGUGACACGAUUGGUCGAAAAACCGUGCUGAUUUCCGGGUGUUUGAUCAUGUCCAUGGCUUCAAUCUUCAUUGCUUUCUCUGACAAUGUUUGGAUGUAUUCUGUCUUGAGAUUUCUAAGUGGAUGUGGUCACACUGCGAUUGGAUCGUCUGUACUUGUGUUGUGUUCUGAGAGUGUUGGUAAACAACAUCAAGGAAAAGUUGGAACUAUGGGAUUCUUUAUGUCUACAUUUGGAUUCUUGUCAUUACCUGUUUUGGCUUAUGUUAGUAGGAAUUACUCAUGGAGGGUACUUUAUCUUUGGACUUCUCUUCCUGUUGUAGUUUAUUGUAUGUUGAUGCAGUUUUGUGUUUAUGAGUCACCAAGAUGGCUUCUUUCGAAAGGGAAAGUUAGAGAGGCUUCUGCAAUCCUCAACACAUUCAUUGAAUCUCAUAUCAACAACCAAAGUUCAAAUCUUGAUGAUAACAAGAAGUUGAUUGUUCCGAAUGCUUCUAAUCAGUCAUUGUUCAAGAUUUUGUUGAUGAAAAGAUGGUUUCUUGGACAGCUAUUGCUAGCAGUGGCAGCUGGUUUUGGCAUUGGAUUGAUGUACUAUGGCAUGCCAUUAGGACUAGGCAAUGGACACUUCAGCUUAAACCUCUACUUGAGUACAGGGCUAAACGCGUUGCUGGAGCUACCGGCAUUCUUGAUAGUCUUUUUGUUGGUAGAAAAAUGCAAGAGGAGAACCACACUACUUGGACUAAGUAUCUUAUGUGGUGUCUGUGGCAUGCUGUGCAUGAUCGCGAGCGAAUGGAAGGUGUUACAGCUAGCAUUGGAGUUAACUUCAUUUUUCAGUGCUUGCACUUCAUUUGACUUGUUGCUGAUAUAUACCUCAGAGUUGUUCCCUACUAGCAUAAGGAAUGCAACAGUGUCAAUUGUAUGGCAGGCUGUGGGGCUCGGAGGCAUAGUGAGUCCAGUUCUGGUUGGUGCAGGAGGAGAUACAAACAAGAUUUUACCAUAUCUAGUGCUUGGAAUUAUGACAUCAACAGCAGGAUCAUUGUCAGCUGGCUCGAAAAAAGUAGCAGUUGGAACAAUUAGAGAAGCACUUCAGAGAGUAGUCUGGAAAUCUUGA